UGUGUGCCACUCACUACAAUACAACCAGCAAGCAUGGCUUAGUUCUCACUAUUCACUCGCAAACAAUAAUUUCUUUUCCGCAAUAUUAUUUUCUCGGUACCAAAGAAGUCGCUAGAAGAAUUAAAGAAAAACGAAAAAUAAAACAGCUAACAACCCAAGAGAGGGAAACGAAAACUCAACCGAACCCCGCGACGAGAGAUAUGCGAUUACGGUGGCGGCGGCGGUGGUCAGGGUUGUUGAGUCCCCGAUCGACGGCCAAUGCAGCGGUUCGUUGCGGCGGCGGACGGCGUCGUUGAUGGACCUGCAGAUGACUUGGCAGCCGAGUCUCCUGAGUCAGAAACGCAAAACCGGUCCUCCUAUAGGGCUCCGUAACCUGGGCAACUCGUGCUACCUCAACAGCGUCCUCCAGUGCCUCACAUACACUCCUCCUCUCGCCAAUUUCUGUCUCACUCUCCAACACUCUUCUCUCUGUGAUUUCUCUGCGUCUACGUGUCCGUUCUGCAUACUGGAGAAGCAGAUUGCGCGUUCACUAAAAUUGGAUCUCUCGCACGACGCGCCUUCCAAGAUCCAGAGCUGUAUACGGAUCUUUGCUGAGCACUUCCGCUGUGGCCGCCAGGAAGACGCGCACGAGUUCCUCCGGUACGUAAUCGACGCCUGCCACAAUACCUGCCUCCGCCUCAAGAAGCUCCACCGCAAAGGCGGAGACGCUAAUGGAGGCGGCGGAGACGGUGGCGGGAGUACGGUGGUAAAGCAGAUUUUCGGUGGCGCCUUGCAGAGUCAGGUGAAGUGUCUGUGCUGUGGAUAUGAGUCGAAUAAGGUUGAUGAGAUAAUGGAUAUCAGUCUUGAUGUUUUCCAUAGUAACUCGCUUCAAGACUGCAUGCAAAAGUUCUUUCAGCCUGAGGUUUUAGAUGGCAACAACAAGUACAAGUGUGAUAGUUGUAAGAAAUUGGUGGCGGCUAAGAAGCAAAUGUCCAUACUUGAAGCACCUAACAUCCUUGUGAUACAACUAAAGAGAUUUGAGGGCAUAUUGGGUGGCAAGAUUGACAAGGCUGUUGCAUUUGAAGAGGUUUUGGUUCUUUCUAGCUUCAUGUGCAAAGCAAGCCAGCCAGAAUAUAAGCUCUUUGGCACUAUUGUGCAUUCAGGCUACUCCCCCGAAUCUGGUCAUUACUAUGCUUAUAUAAAGGAUGCAAUGGGUCGGUGGUAUUGCUGUGACGAUUCUAGUGUAUCAGUUGCAACCCUGCAAGAAGUUUUGUCAGAAAAGGUUUAUAUUCUUUUUUUCUCUCGAACUAAUCAAAGGCCAGUGUCAAGUAGUAAUUCUCUUGCUUCAAACGGUAUAAAGCCUUAUUUCAAUGGGAGCCAAGCAUCUGAAUUUUCAAAGGUUGGUAUACCACUGAAAGAUGUGCAUGCAAAGUCAAGUUCUGAGCUAUCUCCUUGGAAGGAUAUGCCAAGUGUAGCUAAGACUGCUAAAGUACCUUCCAGCUCACGAGUUAAGUUUGACAUUAAUGGAGGUUCUACUUCCAAAAGAAGUCCUGCUCCUCUAAGUGUGAAUGGGAAAGUUGAUGUUUCUAGGAAUCAGCCUUUAUUAAUAAAUGGACAUGUCAAAGAUUCAGAGUCUUUGGAAAAUGGUAAGAAAGAUCCUUCAUCAUUACCUGCCAGGAAUGGUAUUGACAAAAAUAAAGUUGAUGUUGACAAAUUCAAAAGAAAGGAGUCAACAUUUACAAAUGGCCACAGUGAUAAUCAGAUGGUUGAUAUCCAUUCUGUAAAGUCGGAUCCCAGGGAAGAUACUGAUAAAAGCAGGGUAAUAGCAGGUAAAGGUUCUGACAACUUUAAGCUUGAAAACAAUGGCCUCAGCAAUAAACCCAAAAUAUUGGGGAGUAAGAGAAAGGUACAUGAGGACCCAUUCAUUUUACUUUCCCAUGAUGGUCAGUCUCAAGCAAAAGUUCAAAAACUGAAAGACAAUCUUGUGAAAGAGGCGAAGUCACAUUUGAUAUCCUGUGGCUGGACAAAUGAGGUCUAUGAAUUUAUGCGCUCUAAGUUACGUGCACAAGAAGAUGGAAAUUUAGAGAAUGGAGAUGAAACAAGGUAUGGUUGAUUAUAUCCUACAUUAUCACUCACCAUUUUAACAAAUUACCUUUUAAUUACAAAAGAUAUUGAUUUCCAAUUGUGACUAUAGAGCCCAGGGGAAGGGAUGUAGUGUAUAGUAUAUAUUUGCAUUAGUAUAUAUCUUCAAGGUCAAAUAUCUUCUUUCUUGAAGAAUAACCCCUUUCCUAGGCUUGAAUUCAAGUAGAGAAGAAUGUUAUCAGCUGCUUGCAUGUGUCUUAGUCUUGGAUCAUGCAUAAAAUGACAUGUAAAUGCAUAAGCAAUGUAUGUUAUUAUGUGCAAUAUAGGAGAGCUCUUCACUUAUGACUAUGUUUAGUAGAAACUCACGAGGUUCAACAUCCCACGUAUAUACUGUCAUUUGACCUUAUUUCUAGUCAAUGUUGGAUUUCUAACACACCCUAACAUCCAGGACUGAGCAUAUUGAGUAUGAGACUAGAUAUUUGUGGAUGGUUUGACAGUGAUAACACUUCCCUUCACAGUCGUGUUUGUGUAGAGGAGGCUCUGAGUGAUGGAGGGGUCUGCGU